UCCUGGGUGAGGGGAUGGAGGCCACUCCUGGCCACACUUGCAGCCUGUCCCACAGCGCAGACCCCGGCGGCCAUGGCCUCCAGGCAGGCUCCCCUCUGUGGCCUGGCUCCUUGCUGCCUCUGGCUCCUGGGCAUUGUCCUUCUGAUGGAUGCAUCUGCCUGGCCUGCCAACCACUUGUCUGCUCGAGAGAGAGCAGGUAAUAGGGAGGAAAAUGAGAUCCUGCCCCCGGGCCACCUGAACGGGGUGAAGCUGGAAAUGGACAGGCACCUCAACAAAGAUUUCCACCAGGAGGUCUUCCUGGGCAAGGACAUGGAUGACUUUGAGGAGGACGCAGAGCCUCAGAAGAGCCGGAGGAAGCUGAUGGUCAUCUUCUCCAAGGUGGAUUUGAACACCGACAGGAGGAUCAGCGCCAAGGAGAUGCAGAACUGGAUCAUGCAGAAGAUGGCUGAGCACUUCCAGGAGGCUGUUGCCAAGAGCAGGGCGCACUUCCGAGCCGUGGACCCUGAUGGUGACAGCCACGUAUCUUGGGAUGAGUACAAGGUGAAGUUUUUGGUGACCAAAAGCCACAAUGAGAGAGAAGUUGUUUAAAAGAUAAAGAAUAAGUGGGACCUGAACAUCGAUGAGGAGACACAGGAAGUCCUGGAGAACCUCAAAGACCGCUGGUAUCAGGCAGACAACCUGCCCCCGGACCUGCUGCUGACAGAGAGUGAGUUCCUAUCGUUCCUGCACCCCGAGGACAGCCGUGGCAUGCUGCAGUUCAUGGUCAAGGAGAUCAUCCGGGACCUGGACCAUGACGGUGACAAGAAGCUCUCACUGUCUGAAUUCAUCUCUCUGCCCGUGGGCACCGUGGAGAACCAGCAGAGCCAGGAUGUUGACGACGGCUGGGUGCAGGAUAGGAAGAGAGAGUUUGAGGAGCUGAUCGAUGCCAACCACGAUGGGAUCGUGACCAUGGUGGAGUUGGAGGACUACAUGGACCCCAUGAACGAGUUCAGUGCCCUCAAUGAGGCCAAACAGAUGAUCGCUAUUGCUGACGAGAACCAGAAUCACUACCUGGAGCCCGAGGAGGUGCUGAAGUACAGUGAGUUCUUCAUGGGCAGCAAGCUGGUGGACUACACCCGCAGCGUGUAUGAGGAGUUCUGA